AUUGACUCGUUUCAGUUGCGUUUGUGAACAGGAGUUUGGUUUGUGAGUUGUUCGAUAACUUUAUUUUCUCAGUCGUGCCUGGCUGGUUUUUAUUGUUCAUCUUAGAAAAGCUUUUAUGUUUCAUUGCUGUAUUGACUCUAGAGCACUUUAAAAAAAAAGUACCACAGAAGUGUAUUUUAUUAUUACUAAAUGUUUUACGGCUACACUAUAUCUCAUACUUUGAGGCUGUAAAGACAUGUCCUUCCAGGAGCUAUUGAUACAAAACUAGAUUAUAUUCUUUGUCAGUGACACUCAAGGAAAAUAACUUUAUCUCCCAGCCACAGUGGCUUGUAAAUCUCCAAAUUCAAAAACAGAUAGAGUACGUUUUUUAACCCUUUUCUCCUCCAGGAAAAGCCAACAAUGCAUGGAAACUGUCUUACCAAUCACACUCCUUCUGCUAAAAACUAACGAACGUCCUCUCCGUCCUCUUCAGGUGCCAUCCUGGGACGCUCGGAGACACAGGAGUGCGCCUACUACAACUCGAGCUGGGAGAAGGAGCGCACCAACCACAGCGGCAUCGAGCCCUGCUAUGGCGAUAAAGACAAGCGAAGGCACUGCUUCGCCACGUGGAAGAACGUCUCUGGUACCGUGGAGGUCGUCAAGCAGGGCUGCUGGCUGGAUGACAUGAACUGCUACGACAGUAAUGAGUGUGUGGAGAAGAAGGAGAGUCCCGACGUUUUCUUCUGCUGCUGUGAAGGCAACAUGUGCAAUGAGAGGUUCCUGUACGCCCCCGAAGCGCCCCCACAGACCGACCCGCACCAUUCAACCGCCUACACCACCUCCAACCCAUUUUCCCAGAAGCCCCAGCUCUUCAGCACUCUGCUUUACUCCCUGGUUCCCAUCAUAGGCCUGGCUGCCGUCGUCCUCUUCUCUUUCUGGAUGUGGAGACAUCACAAACUGGCCUACCCGGCUGCCCUCGUCCCCACACAUGAUCCCGGACCCUCACCCCCGUCCCCCACUUUGGGACACAAACCGCUGCAGCUGAUCGAGGUGAAAGCCAGGGGGCGCUUUGGAUGUGUGUGGAAGGCCCAGCUGCUGAACGAUUACGUGGCCGUGAAGAUCUUCCCGAUCCAGGACAAGCUGUCUUGGCAGAACGAGUAUGAGAUCUACAGCGUGAGCGGCAUGAAGCACGACAACAUCCUCCACUUCAUCGGCGUGGAGAAGAGGAACAACAACCUGGACCUGGAGCUGUGGCUCAUCACCGCCUACCACGACAAGGGUUCGCUGACAGACUACCUGAAGGCCAACGUGGUGUCGUGGAACGAGCUCUGCCACAUCACUCAGACAGCAGCCCGCGGCCUGGCCUACCUCCAUGAAGACAUCCCGGGACACAAGGACGGACACAAGCCCUCCAUCGCUCACAGGGACAUUAAGAGUAAGAAUGUGCUGUUGAAGAGUAACCUGACAGCCUGCAUAGCUGACUUUGGCCUUGCCCUGCAGUUUGAAACGGGAAAAUCAGCGGGAGACACACAUGGACAGGUGGGAACGAGGCGCUACAUGGCUCCUGAAGUCCUGGAGGGCGCCAUCAACUUUCAGCGAGACUCCUUCCUCCGUAUCGACAUGUACGCCUUCGGCCUCGUCCUCUGGGAGCUCGCGGCGCGGUGCACGGCCGCUGACGGUCCAGUGGAUGAGUACAUGCUUCCGUUUGAGGAAGAGGUGGGUCAGCAUCCGUCUCUGGAGGACAUGCAGGAGGUUGUCGUUCAUAAGAAACUGAGGCCCUGCCUGCGAGACUGCUGGCAGAAACACGCGGGUCUGGCUAUGCUUUGCGAAACCAUCGAGGACUGCUGGGACCACGAGGCCGAGGCUCGCCUGUCCGCCGGAUGCGUCGAGGAACGCAUCAGCCAAAUGCAGCGCCAAGCCCCCAUCAUCGGCCCGGAGGAGAUCGUCACUGUCGUCACCAUGGUGACCAACGUGGACCUCCCGCCCAAGGAGUCCAGCUUAUGAUCGGCCUGUCAAACCGACACCGGAUGAGCUCGCGGAAACACGGAUCAACACGAGGGGAUGAGCAGCCGACCCUGGUUGGUUGGCGAAGUUUUUUCUUCUUUCUUUUACGUUUUUAUCUUUUUUUUUUUGUUCCUUUAAGUGCGGGUCGCUACUCGCGUUCAGGAAACACCCUGCACCCACCUCACCACAUCAGUUGAUAUCCACCUCAUUUUGAUAUGUGUGCCUGAGGAUUUUAACAUUUUAACGGUCGAAACUCUCACAUCCCGAGCAAAACGAUUCAGGAUAUUAGGACGACAAAAACGAUGAGUGAUAGUGCUGAUGUGCUGGGACAAACACUUUUAUCAUGUAUUGUUUUUAUACACAUACACUCACAUCGGGGGGGGUGGGGGGAGGGGGGACAGGUGGCGACCUCUUCUGCUCGGUUUUCUACGGAGAGAGAAGAUCCGGCAGAGAAAUUUCACAGGACUCUCGGUGCAUUUUAGUGUAAAAAAAGAAAAAAGAAAAAAAGACGAGCACCUGGCUCUGGAUACAUUUGCUGUUUUCUCGUGUGCGUUUUUUUGAAGAAACGACUAUCGUUCUGCCAAUAAGCAACGGCUUCUGAAUGUUUAUAGUGUAAUGCUGCUGUACAUAGUGUAUUAGGGACCCAGACAACUUGGUAAUCAAGCUUAUUUUAAAGGGGUGAGGGGGAUGGGGGGGUCCAUUUUCAAGCAUUACGACGAUAAAAAAAAACCAUAAACCUCCUUCAACCAGGUAUACCUCACUUCAGAUGGACACAGUUUAAAUUAGUCCCUCUCCCUGUUCAGUCAUUGCUCACACUACCCACAAACGUGGCUCUUGACAUCCAAACCAACACUCAUGGGUAUUGUAGUCAGCAAAGCCUCGAUUAUACAUGGCCAUACACACCGUAAACAAGUGUUUCUCCCUUUUUUUUUUUCCUCCCUUUUCUCAGUCUCACGUUCAGUAACAACUUUCUCCUUUUUUGGUUCGUUUUCUGUAUUUUAUUUCCUCCUUUUUAAGAUUUUUACUCUGAUAAUGGGAAAAAAAAAAGCAUACCCCCAUGAUGACGUUGUCGUUUAAAGUGAUUUUGUUUCUUUCUUCCGUUUUUUUGGUUUGCCGUGUCAAUUGUCAACGGAGUAAUAAUAGGCUAUCUAUCGCUGACGAGCCUAAUUUUGGCCGUGAGAUCUGGGUAUACAGUAUACGUAUUUAUAUCUCUCUGGAUUAGUGCUGGGUACCAACUAAUGAUGCCUUUUGAUGCCUGGUGUCGGUACCAAAUCAGAAGGUAUUCAGGAUUCUCAUAUUCUUCUUGUUCUUCUCAUUUUGUGCGAUCAGUUUGUGUGUGGUCUGAUUCUAUUUAGAAGAAGCUGAUUAACAAAAUGGAUCCGAUGUGUGGAGGAAUCAGAUUCGAGGUGCGGUUGAGAGGAGGUUUCCCCGGGGGGUACCCAGCCCUACUUUGGAAUAAUACCUGUAUUUAGCUGAGCCAGCUUGCUUUUGAUUUGAUUGCACACAUCUUUUUUGGAUUACUAUCAAGAGUUUUCUGCUCUCUUUUGAUACACCUCAGGAAUCUUUGCUACUCACCACCUCCUCCACCUCCUUCUCUUCAUCCUCACCGGUCUCAGACUGCAGUACCUCCUCUCUCGCUGAUUCUUACGUUUCUUCUCUCUCUCUUUCUUGGCUCACCUCGACUUGUCAGGGUUUAGCCGUGCCGUCACGCUCAAAAAACAGUGUCUCUAUUGUCUUUAGGAGCAGUCCAGAUCUUAACACUAAGCCCUGACAGUAAGUUCUCAUCUGUCUGUGUCAAACUACGAUGUAUCAUCCCUCUAGAACCAAAUAUCUGGUCUGGCCUUACCCCUUAGAUCUGGUUAGUUUUCCCCGUGUUUCCACUUUAAUGUUGCCCAAACAUUACUCACAAGUCUGGUCACCAAGUUGUUGAGAUUCAGCUUGCCUGUGUUGAUUGGUGGUGGACAUCUGUCGAGACCUUUCUAGCUCUCCGGAAGCAGCUGGAUGACUUCAGCGUCAGACACAACCGUCUCGAAGCUGACAGAUUCAGCAGUUUCACAAGAUAAGGUACAGUUUUAUGUUCCUCACACAGGCCUAAAAUGAAUGGUUUGGGGCUAACCCUAACCCUGCUGAGACUAACCAAAAGAUCGCACGGCUAACUGCGGUUAGACGAGUUGAGACGAGGAAUCUCUCUUUCUCUUUCAUCCUGGUGCCAUUUCUACGUAUCCAUAUUAGUUACUCUUGUAGAUGUCAGGCAAAACGGAUGUAUCUGUCAUUGCUUGCGAAGGCAGCAAUGACAUUUUUGAGUCUUUAUUUCCUCUGAGGGACAUUGAAAACUGGUGCCGGCAGACCUGCAGUCUCUCCUCAAGCUUUGGACGGUUUCACAGAUGCAGUUUAAAAUCAAGCAUCUUUAAGAUCAAGUUUUGCGGUUGGAAAUACUUCAAACAUUAAGAAACUUCUUUUUACCAAAUCCAUUUCACAUUCAAGGCAAUACGCAAUUAUUCUUUCUGUAUAACACACUCAGCAUUUUAAGUAAACACCGUAGUAAACACUGUAGUGCUCAAGACACAAGUGAAACACUAACAAAUUAAAUGGAUUUGUGAUGAUUAAUGGACAGGGGAGUUAAAGAAAACCCUCCCAUUCUGCACUACAUACAGUAAAGUAUAAAAUUGAGCUAAAUAUUUGUUGUGAGCACUUAUUUUAACUACCUUUUCUAACUGUAUUUCCAAGUUACAGACUAACACAAGGCAAUUUUCCACCAAAUAACUCGAGAACUAGAAGAACUAAAAAGUAAAGAACCUCUAAAAUAGUGAAGAUUUGGUAAAUCAGGAUGAAGUGACAGUAGAAGUACGACAAGUUUGAGAUUUCAGCAUUUCAAAAGUACUGCAACAACAACGCAAACCUGAAGGAAGUUGAAGCCAUCAUCUUAUUUACUUACUGUAGCAUGAGUACGAUAUUUGCAUCGGUGUUGCUUCCUUUUGCUGCUGCUGUUUUUUAAUCAACUGCUAUUCAAAAAAGAAAAAGAAAAACAGCCAUUAUCACGAUCCUCAUGAAGCAUUAACAGUCAGGGACGAUCAGUACUGCGAACCCCAGCAGCCCUUCAAUAAGUACUACCUCACUCGCAGGGAUUUCUUCGGGGUAGGAAGUGUGGCAAAUAAAACCAAAACCGAAACCAGGUUCCUCCGGUAGAGAAAGUAUUCAAAGUCCCACGUUCUAUAAAAAAGGUUCUUGAAGUGGGAGAAAGGUUUCAGUUUGGGGGGCUAAACUCCCAAUUUCUAAAAAGAAGUCCCUCAUUUUUAUGUUCCAUAACUGAACAGCAGCAGAAGGCUUCUUAUUAAAAAAGAAAAGCAUCCCUGCCAUUUAAACAUACGCUGACAAACACCAGUAUUACCAAUUUUUUUCCCUCCCAAGUACAUGUCCUCAAACACAAAGCUCACCAGUAUCUCAGCAGCCAAGUGAAUUUUAAAAAACUGCCUCCAAAUGUUGGUUGGUUACCUGCCAAAGUGGCGACAAACCUAUGGUUGGCGGUCGCAUCCCAGUACUGUAGAUAGAUGGUGGAAAAUGUUUGACAGCUUGACUUUAAACUGCGCUGGAGAAACCGACACCAAACCGACAAAUACCAUUCAGGGAUUCAGUACUAUGCUUUUCUAAGUUUUCGCAAGUUAUAUGCAACCAGUGCCGCAAACUUACCCUACACUUCUGUAGGAUCAGCUGCAGGAGUGACUUUCAAUACACACACACACACACACAAAUAACUUGUAGCAUUUUUUUUUUUUUUUUUUUUAAAUAUUGCAUAUUAAUAUGUUGUAUUUAUUUUUUAUUUACAGGCCCUGAGGUUUUUGGGGAUCAGGCUCAGGUGCAACUCAGAAUAAAAUUGUCAGAGUUGGCACGAUUAACGGUUUGUUGU